CCUUGAUCCUCCAACCCUAUAUACAAUUGUCUUAUUCUAGUAACAGUAGUUAAGUUUAAACACGCGAUAAAAAUGUCUCCAACACUACUUAUCAAAGACGUCCGCAUCUUUGACGGCGAAAGAGAGAUCCCAUCUGGCAGUGUACUUGUGGAAAACGGCUUGGUGAAGCAAGUAGUAGAAGGAUCACUAACCGCACCAGACCCAGCCACCAUUGUCGUUUCAAAACAAGGACAUACGCUACUCCCUGGACUUAUCGAUGGCCAUAUGCAUGCGGACGUCGACGAUGACGGCGCAACACUGAAGCAAUUCUUGAAGUUUGGCUUCACUACUGUCUGCGAUAUGCACCAGGAGGCCGAGAACAUCAGUAAACUAAGGGAACAGGCUGCAAAGGACUCGGAUGCGGCAGAUUACAAGACCGCUAGCCAAGCAGCAACUGUAUCCGGGGGGUGGCCAACGCCUGCUAUAUUAGCCCAUGACAGCUCGGAGGAGACGAUAGCUCGAAUUUCGGCCUGGCCGAAUAUAAAGACUCAGGCUGAUGUGGAGGCCUUCAUCCAAGACCGCCUCAACGACAAGGUGGAUUAUGUAAAGCUGAUACAUGAGGAUGGCAACGGCCUUUCCAUGAAGCCUACAUUGAUACCCGUAGAGCUCCAGAAAGCUAUCGUUGAAUCCGCCCACCAGCAUGGCCUCCUCGCAGUCGCGCAUGCCCUAAGUCUUAAAGGGACGAUAGAAAUGUUACAGGCUGGUGUCAAUGGGAUGGUACAUACAUUCUUCGAUCGGCCACCUACAAAAGAAGUAAUCGAUGCAUACCUAUUGAACAAUGCAUACUGCAGCCCAACCCUAGUGACCAUCGCUAGUUUGACCUCGGAAGGGCUGAAAGAGCAAAAGAGAUAUUGCGAAGAUCCUCGAGCCCACAAGCACCUGAGCGACCAGAGUAAAAAGAACCUUCACAGAUGCAUGGCACUUAGCGACAGUGCGGCAAAAGCUGAAUACGCUUACCAAAGUGUACGGGAGCUGAAAGCUGCCGGAAUCGAUAUUAUCUUGGGAUCCGACUCUGCUGGCCCUGCACACGGAACCGCUUUUGGCCUCACUGCGCAUCAGGAAUUAGCCGUGCUGGUUAAACAAUGCGGCUUCACUCCAAAGGAGGCAUUGAGAGCAGGGACCGCGUUAGUCGCUAAGAGAUUGCGUCUUGACGACAGGGGAAGAAUUGCGGAAGGGCUUAGGGCAGAUCUGGUCUUGGUGGAGGGUAAUCCUCUCGAGGAUAUCGACCACACGCUUAACAUCCAGGGUGUGUGGAAGAAGGGCACUCUUUGUUCAGCGUAUGAGGGAAUUACGGCGUAGGCAACCGGACACUGCCUAAUGAUUCUAGAAUGGUGUAUUAAGGCUUGUUGACUAUAUUAAAAUAUAUACCUGAGCAAACUUAUGUACACUCAUGCUCGAUAUAUCACAUGGAA